GAGGAUAUGGUGGCCAAGGAGGAUAUGGUGGCCGAGGAGGAUAUGGUGACCGAGGAGGACAAUCAGGACAUCGUGGCCGAGGAGGACAAUCAGGACAUCGUGGCCGAGGAGGACAAUCAGGACAUCGUGGCCGAGGAGGAUAUGGUGGCCGAGGAGGACAAUCAGAACAUGGUGGCCGAGGAGGAUAUGGUGGUAUGCGAAGCGGUAGAGAUGAUUCAGGAGGGUUUGGAGGAGGUAGCGGCGGUGGCUUCAGGCGUAAUGGGGGAUCAGGAGGUUUAUCCAAGAGUACCACAGGACAUUGUGUGCACAUGCGUGGUUUACCUUUCUCCGCGUCAGAAGCAGAUGUGAAGCAAUGGUUUAUGCCACUGAACUCAGUAGCAAUCAGGAUGGAGUUUGAGACAAGUGAUUCUGGUCAGUGGAGGUCACGUGGUGAAGCUGACGUGGAUUUUGCAACCGACGCUGACGCUAAAGCCGCCAUGAGGAACGACAGACAAUAUAUGGGUGGGUGGAAAAA